GUGACCCUGAAUCUGGUAGGGAGAUGAUCCGCGGGAUAGUGUGAUGUGUUCCGAAGAAGUGGAGGAAAAAGAGGAGAAUAUUUCUGUAGCAGAACUGCGGUAGUGAACAGUGGUGACAGCUGGUCCUCCAUACACGCCCUUCCUGCCCCAAAAAAUCAAAAAUUUGGGAGCAACGGCGCUAUCAGGCGCCCGGACCAGGGGCUAAGGCUUGAAUUUACCGUGUUUAAUGUGGCACGUGCGCAUAUUCACCUGCCAAUCCCAACACCUGCAAGCACCUCUUUGAUAAGCCCACCCCGCUGUGCCUUGCUGUAUCAGUGGGUACACCCCCCAGCGGUCAAUUUUUCGGUUCCCUUCUUUCUCAGCCUCACGGAAAGAGAACCUUGCAACCUUUGAAGCUUUUCGCAAACCAACACCACCACCACCACCAAACUAGUCAUCGCCGUCGCCCAUCCUCUCCUUUGCCAGUAUCUUCCCUUCGACCACAUUUCCAAUCGCAGCAGAUAACUAUCCACAAUGUCCGACGACUUUGGCAGUGGCAACAUCCACGACAAGGAGGUGUCGCGACUCUGGCGCGCAUGGAGGACCAUCCACGAGAUGGUCGCUGACCGGGGCUACGAAUUGGCCGAGGAAGAAAUCAAGAUGCCCCUCGACGAGUUUAAGAGAAAGUUCACCAACGGCGACGGUUCCCCAAACCGCUCAAUAAUGUCCUUCUCCGCCCGUCCCUCCGCCAGCAUGAUCAAAAAGUUCACCCCUCCACCAACGGCCUCCAACCCUGACCCUGCCCCCGAAUGCGGCACUAUCUGGGUCGAGUUCUGCCCCGAGAAGACGUCCAUCGGCAUUUCAGUUAUGAAGAAGUUUGUCGAGCAUUGCGCCAACAACUCAUACAAGGCCGGCAUUCUCGUCACCGCCGUCGCUCUCUCCGCCCAAGCCCGCAAGGUCAUGACCGUGACCAGCCAGUACACCCUGAUCGAGUGCUUCCUUGAGGAGGAUCUCCUCGUCAACAUCACCCACCACGAGCUGGUCCCAACCCACAUUCUUCUGAGCAGGGAGGAGAAGAUGGCCUUGCUCAAGAGAUACAGGCUGAAGGAGACGCAGCUCCCACGAAUCCUGCAAAAGGAUCCCAUCGCGAGAUAUUUGGGGCUGAAGAGGGGGCAGGUGGUCAAGAUUGUGAGAAUCAGCGAGACGGCCGGUCGCUAUGCUAGUUACAGACUCUGUGUUUAAAUAAGGACAGAAAAAGACGGGGGGGUUCGGCAGGCUUGGGAGAAGUUGCGGUGGAAACAGGAGAGCAGCAGCAGCAUGGUUUGCUAGCAUGCUUUUUUUUCCUGCACAAAGUUAUACACACCAAAAAGGGGCGUCUAUCUUCAUAUACGGGGGUUGGCAUGAAACUGGGUGGUUUGCUUUCUGGCGUUAUACAGGGAAGAAUGGGAUUUGGUUUGCAGACAGUACAGCAUGUCGUUUUGUAGUCCAUAAUGGCCGACGGUCUAUCUCGCUCUUGUAGUUAGGGGAGAAAAUGAGACAUGGGUCAUAAUUUGUAGAUUGAGUAAAGCAGACGGGCGG